GUUGGCGUAUUUCUAUUCUGUGCACUGUUCAAGUCGUCUAUGGUCCUGAAUGCCCUGUAGACGUGGUGCUAUGGAGCAUUACUGCGAGAGCUAUGCGCGCGCCGGAGAGGCCGCCCCUACCACAUCUGGAUCGCUUUCGCCUCCCUAAUGCGGGUAACCCGUGCCCGAUUUGCACCCCUGUCCAUUACCGUCCCAAUACGGGGAGUUCUCCUCGUGACAAUACUAAUGUGUGUGUAUAUAUAUGUGUAUAUGUGUGUGCGUGGCGUGACCUAGGAUGGGCAAUUCACUCACUCCGCAAUGCUUAUUUGGUACGAAGACCCUUACCUGGCUGGCUUCCCCCAGAUUUAAUGCCAGGGAUCGAUCGCUUAUGCGUCAUGGUCCCGCCGCUUUUCCAACCUAUCGCAACGUCUUCUCGAGCACCUAGAGGCAUGUUGCUUCAAGUAUCAAGUGGCGUCAUGAACCGAAACAGCUCGGGGCGCGAGUAUGUCGUGCAUGUUACAUUAAUUAUACGUGCGGGUGGUGUUUUGUCUGCCUACCAAGUAGAUUGCGCGAAACGGCACCCAAGCUUUGUCGUGAAUCGAGGACGUCCGGAGAGUCGUAACGAUAGGUUCCAAAUCCAAGGAGCAGUCGAUCGUACCUGACCCACUACCGCUGCUACCCGCCCAAGCCUUCGUGGAAGCAUUGCCAAAGGGCAUCAGAAAUUCAAAGCGUGCGCCAAACCCCGUGACCCGUACCGAAUAC